GUAACUCCAGCUGUGCGGCUCCAGUCCCGCAGGCUGGGUCGGCCAUGUUGUUGUGUGGGGGUUGAUGGAAGUUUAGUAGUAGGAAGUAGAAGCUACAGAGCGCUGGGAUACUUCAGGGUCUCACUUUUUUCCUUUUUUUUUUUUUUUUUUCCCUUUUUUUUUUUUUUUCCUCCUAAAUCACUGACAUGUCGUUGCAGGACUCAUCUUCUCUGACCCGUCCGCUCUGAUAACAAUGACCGUCUCUUCCAUCGCCCCCGCCAUCCUCCAAGACUGCAACACUUAAGCUGCUUUGAUUUAACUUCACUAAAAAUCUGACCACAGUUAGCUCUGCUGGAUGCGUAAAAUGAGGAUGAAGGCGACUCGGUUCCGUUUGAAAUAACUCGGAUAUUUUCUUUUGCUGAUCUGAUUCGAGGGGAAAGGAGGGGGAAGGAAAAUACACCCAAAGAGGACUCGGAUUUGAGAAGGGUGAGACGAUGGGCUGCAUUAAGAGCAAAGAGGACAAAGGCCCGACAAUGAAGUAUCAGCCAGAGAAUUCCCAGGCAUCUGACACCAAUGCCGCCGCCACGCCUCACGUUGGUCACUACGGACCAGAACCCACCCAGCUGCAGCAGAGUCAAAUUCCCUCAUCUUCCUCUGGCUCCGGGGCUGUAAAUUUCAACCACACCCUCACGCCGUUUGGUGGCUCCUCAUCUGCCAUUACUCCCUUUGGAGGAACGUCGUCUUCCUUCUCCGGGCCUGUGUCCAACUCCUUCUCUGGUUCUGUCCCCAGUGGUGUUACAUUCUUUGUGGCCUUGUACGACUAUGAAGCCAGAACAUCAGAUGAUCUUACAUUCAAAAAAGGAGAUCGCUUCCAGAUCAUCAACAAUACAGAAGGAGACUGGUGGGAGGCUCGCUCCAUCAACACAGGGAAGAAAGGCUACAUCCCAAGUAAUUAUGUGGCUCCUGCUGACUCCAUUCAGGCUGAAGAGUGGUAUUUUGGUAAAAUGGGACGCAAAGAUGCUGAGAGGCUGCUGCUGAACCCAGGGAAUCAUCGAGGGACUUUCCUGGUGCGCGAAAGUGAAACUACUAAAGGUGCUUAUUCUCUCUCCAUACGGGACUGGGAUGAAUCCAAAGGAGAUAAUGUGAAACACUACAAGAUCCGCAAGCUUGAUAAUGGGGGAUACUACAUCACUACCAGAGCCCAGUUUGACACAUUGCAGAAGCUCGUGAAACAUUAUACAGAGCAUGCCGACGGGCUUUGCCACAGGCUGACCACAGUUUGCCCCACAGUCAAGCCUCAGACCCAGGGACUUGCUAAAGAUGCCUGGGAGAUUCCCCGGGAGUCCCUGCAGCUGGAGCUCAAACUGGGCCAGGGCUGCUUUGGAGAGGUCUGGAUGGGCACGUGGAAUGGUACAACUAAGGUGGCCAUAAAGACGCUGAAGCCGGGAACCAUGUCACCUGAGGCCUUCCUGCAAGAGGCUCAGAUUAUGAAGAAGCUCAGGCAUGACAAACUGGUGCCUCUUUAUGCAGUGGUGUCUGAGGAACCCAUCUAUAUUGUCACAGAGUACAUGUCCAAAGGAAGCCUGCUUGACUUCCUCAAAGAAGGAGAUGGCAAACAUUUGAAUCUUGUCAUGCUGGUGGACAUGGCUGCAAAGAUCGCUGAUGGCAUGGCUUUCAUCGAGAGGAUGAACUACAUUCACAGGGACCUGCGUGCUGCCAACAUCCUCGUGGGCGAGAACCUGGUAUGUAAGAUUGCCGACUUUGGUUUGGCCAGGUUGAUAGAGGACAACGAGUACACAGCGAGGCAAGGAGCCAAGUUCCCUAUUAAAUGGACAGCCCCAGAAGCUGCGCUGUACGGUCGUUUCACCAUCAAGUCAGACGUCUGGUCCUUUGGCAUCCUGCUCACUGAGCUCGUCACCAAAGGCAGAGUGCCCUACCCAGGUAUGGUGAACAGGGAGGUGCUGGAGCAGGUGGAGAGAGGCUACCGCAUGCCCUGCCCACAGGGUUGCCCCGAGUCCCUUCAUGAGAUGAUGAAGCUCUGCUGGAAAAAGGAGCCAGAUGAGAGGCCCACCUUCGAGUACCUGCAGUCCUUCCUGGAGGACUAUUUCACUGCCACAGAGCCACAGUACCAGCCUGGAGAAAACCUUUAGCCAGACCAGGCUCUGCUGUGUCUCCCUACGCCUGGCCCGGAGGAGGCUUGUUUAAAGAUGAACAAGUCCAGAAAAUGUUGACAAAACUGCCAGUCACACAAACCACUAUUUGCUCCCCAUUUUCCCUCAUUUUUUUGGUUCUGCUUCCAGUGUCCACCAAGAUUUAGCCUGCAUUUUAUCAUUUUUGUGUUAACUCAUGGUACUACGCAAGUCUUAGAUGUGUGAAUUUUUGAAUAUGGCUGUGGUUUCAGAUAAAUACACUACAUGUGGGAUUCUUACUCCUGUGAAAUAAGCUGUGACGCCUCACACAAGAAAACCCUAUUGAGAAAAACAGGCAGUCACGCUCCAUUCGCCGCCAAAUUUGUGCUGUAACAAUAGAUUAUGCACCAAAACGAUUAAUUAUUGAUAAGAAUUAAUAUAUUUUCCUAAUAUUGAGAAUUUCUCAGGGGGUUGAUGGUCCAAAUCCCACACAGCUUAGCUUUAUUAUUCACGUCAUCAGUUACAGUAAACAUGAUCAAGAUUGUGACAAAGUCUGCUUUGUUCUUUUUUUAAUCAGUCUUUUUUUUUAAAUAUGUUCCUAGAAUUUAUAAUCUCAUGGACAUUGUUUUAAAGCGUCAUUUGAAGACUUUCCCUCGCUGUCCAUCAUCCUCCAGAAGAGACUUUGUGAUUACAAUGCCAUAGUUCUUUGUGUCCCUCACUGCCCUGGUUACCAUAAUCCCACUGUAAUCACUGCAGAGACAUGCUUACAUGAAAGAGGUUUGUAUAAUGUGUCACAGGAAUGGGAUGACACUUGUGGACCCUCAGACUGUUCGUGGUGACUCUGCAAAAACUGUAUGGCAGUGAUAUAUGUAUGAUUAAUCGUCUUUUUGCUCUUCUGUGGACUCAUCAGGACAGUAUUAUAUUGGUAUUAAUGCCAGUUGUUGGCCGAGCUUGUAAUGAAGGGCUUUAUAAACUCCUCAUUUUGUAUGAUUAUUGAUAAAAUUGACAAGACUGCAACAUUUACUGGGGGAGGGAG